UCGACAAUCGACUUACAUAUCCCUAGUCGAGAGAAAUUCGUCAGAAGAAACUUAAAAAAGAAAAUUGUAGUGAUAAAUAAAAGAAUAGAAAACAAUAAAAACAAAUACGAAAACAGCAAUCUUCUUUAUUUUGUAGAGGAAAUCAAACAACAAGAACACAGCGAAGACAAGUCAACAAAACAAAUCAAUCUGAAGUAGUUGGUGAAAAAAUAGAAAACCCCCAAUUUUCGUAUUUACAAAGUAGUUGUUAUUGUCUUUGCUGUUGUUCCACAUCUCUCCAUCCCCACUUGUCGUUUGAACACUCCCUUCUGCUCGUUCUACUAAACUACUAUCUUUGCAAUAAUAAUUACUGGCUUUUUUGAUGGUGGUGGUGUUGGAGAAAGACACAACGUUUGUCUAGGCAGUAGUUUAAAGGCCAAAAAACAGAGGUGACAACGAAUGAUAACAAGGAAAACAGAGAAGGAGUGCGUGUGUUUGUGUUUCCUCAUCAUUUCUAUUGUUGUUUUGAACAACUUGAACGUCAUAAUAAUUGAAAAUUGCAAUUAAAGAAUAAUUAGAAUUACAAAACGUCGUCGCUGAAAAAACAAAAGAUAGUUGAUAUCCUCAACACUGAGAUUUUGCUGCAUCCUGCCCUUUGGCCUGUACCACUAUAGAAAUGGAGGUUAAAAAGAUGUCCAACUCAUCGUCGUCAUCAUCGGGGCGUAAACAACCGACAGCUGUUUCACGGAUGAAACAAGAUUAUAUGCGUCUAAAGCGAGAUCCAUUGCCAUAUAUUACAGCAGAGCCGCUGCCAAAUAAUAUUUUAGAAUGGCACUACGUGGUUAAGGGUCCCGAAGAUUCACCAUACUAUGGUGGUUAUUAUCAUGGCACACUGCUGUUUCCCCGCGAAUUUCCCUUCAAGCCGCCUUCAAUAUAUAUGCUUACACCAAAUGGUCGUUUCAAAACAAAUACACGAUUAUGUUUAAGUAUAUCAGAUUUCCAUCCAGACACUUGGAAUCCAACAUGGUGUGUCGGCACAAUAUUAACUGGGCUAUUAAGUUUUAUGUUGGAAAGCACCGCUACCUUAGGCUCGAUAGAAACCACAACAUUUGAGAAACAACAACUAGCCAAAAAAUCGCUUGCAUUUAAUUUGAAAAAUCCACAUUUUGUUGAAUUAUUCCCAGAAAUAUGUGAGGAAAUUAACAAAAAAUUGCAAAGUGAAAAGGAGCUGAAGCUGAAGGCCCUCAACGCUGCUGCAUCUGCUGCCAAUGGAGGCGUGGCCAAUGGUGUUAGUGGUAAAACAAAUGUGGCCAAUGGUGGCCUAGCAAAUGGUGGUAGCAUAGGUUUAAACGGCCUCGCCGCAAACGGAGUAAACGAUGCAAAUACAGCUGGUGGAGCUCAUGCCCACGCCGAUGCAAAUUCAGGCAAAAGCCUAUCGAAUUCCUAUUUAAAUUGGCAGUCAAAUCUAAUAAUUUUAAUAUGUUUUGCUAUAUUUGCAUUAGUGGUAAAUUAUGUUUUAAAAAAUAUCAAUCAGGAAUAGAAUUUGCAAGUCCAUUGGUGGUUAGCUGGAAAGGAGGGUGGGAGUAGAAAGAGUUGGAUGAAUAAAUGUUUGUAUAUGAAAGCAAAGAAAAAAAUGUUGAAUUCCUUUUUCACCAAAACGCAAUUUUGUUUUUUUCUUCGUUAAAUUUCUUUUUCUAGUAGGAAUUAUAUUCAUGUUUUCCCCUUUAGUCACGUUACAAUUUGAUUCCCACACUAUAUACAUUUCCCCUUUGUUUUACUUUAACGUAA